AUGGUGCUCGUCGGUACUCUGGGAGCGAUUAUGGAAGAAUUUGAUAGCGAUGUUAUGGAUACAGACUCCCUAGAAAACGAGGCGACUCAAUUAACCGGAGGACCCAAAAAGCUGGAUCUCUGCAGAACUGGGCUGGUAAAGAUUCCCCACAGCGUAUUAGCAUUCAAUGCGGUUGAGGAAAUUUUACUGGGUCAUAAUCAAUUGGCUAAUCCCGACAAUAAUCUUACCCUCUUAAAAAGAUUCCCGAGUCUUCGAGUAGUGCAACUGGAGUACAACCAACUGAGAAACAUCCCGAGGGAGUUGCUCCAACUUGAAGGUCUGACCUCACUAGACCUAUCCGACAAUAAGAUCGAGCAAGUACCCGCCGCGAUCCACCGACUAGUCAAUUUGAGAGAACUUACUCUCGAUCGUAAUGAAAUCAAAGAGCUGCCGGGUGAAGUGGAAUUACUUAAGGAAUUGAAAAGUAUUUCUAUUGCCGGAAAUAAACUCACUGACGUGCCGUCUUUUCUUAAAAUGAGAGCUCUAACUUUGGAUGUUCUUACAAAAGAUCUCUCGAAAUUUAAGGACGAGAAAAACAACCAAAACCACCUACAUAAGGUUAAUCUGAGGAACAACCAACUCAAGGGAAACAUUAUCCUUGGAAAUUAUGGCAACUUGACUCACUUGGACGUAAGCGAAAAUAGCAUUGAAAAGCUAGACAUAAGUGCCCUGCAAGAAUUACAAAGCGCUAGAUGUGCUCGAAAUUCUCUAACAGAAUUAACCGUAUGUGGCCGAAACCUCGUCUCACUUAUCGCAGGACACAACAGACUGAAAAAGCUGACGAUAGAGCCGACCCCGACAAAUUUGGAGCAUCUGGAUGUGUCGUACAAUUGUCUGGAUGCAUUACCCGAGUGGAUAUCAGACUUACCUGUACUUCGAGCGCUGUUUGCGUCACACAAUGAUCUCACUGCCCUACCUGACAGACUGCUAUCUCAGCCCUCGAGACUGGAGGUGCUUCAUCUCCCGCACAAUAGACUCCAAGCACUUCCACCCCCGAGAAAACCUCUCAAUAUUGUUCAUCUCACGCUCCAAGGCAAUGCGUUGACAGCAUUGCCAACAACUUUCUUUCAAAACACUGAAAGAUUAAAAGUUCUGAAUCUUUCAAACAACCGGCUGACCGAGCUAAUCUACAGCGAAGACACAUCGAAGAUCCGAUCUGUUCAUGCUCUCGAGAAGCUAUAUUUGACGGGAAACUGUCUCACAGACGCAUCACUGGAUGCACUUGCCAAGCUGACGUCUCUUCAUGUUUUGCAUCUGGCAUAUAAUGUUCUAGAUACACUUCCCGAAAGUUGUAUCGCAUCAUGGCCCGAUUUAGAAGAAUUAGUCUUAUCCGGCAACCGUCUGCAGUACCUCCCAGACAACGUCGCUAAUCUCCAGCAUCUAAGAGUCCUGAGAGUUCACUCGAACAGACUUUUGACCUGCCCUACAUUCAACAAAACAACCUCACUAAUGGUCCUAGAUUUGGCGCACAAUCAACUGGAUCGCGUGAAUUUGGCGACACUUGUGCCGCCCCAGCUGCAGUUUCUCGACAUCUCUUGCAAUUCCCGGUUACACGUCGACCCUCGGCAGUUCCAAGUUUACCGGUCUCAGCGCCCUGUUUCGCUGAUUGACGUUUCCGGGCAGAACAGAGCCAGUUUGCCGUCGCAUCCUUCUCAGCAGGAAAUUGUCAGCUCGGAAAAAGGCCCCGAGCAGCCAUGGAGGCUUGGAUUCUCCGAAACUGCUGGGACUCGCGAAAAACUAUACAUCUCGCAAGUAAGAAUGCCCUCAUUUUGCAACACAGAAGGCCUCUUUGGAAUAUUCGAUGGCGGUGUGAACCAAGAAGCGCCGAGCACUCUCCAAGAAAUGAUUCCCCGCGUGCUGCUCGAAGAAAGAACAAUCCGAGAGACCUCAAAGGACUACCUAAAAUACACCCUGCUGUCAGCGCACCGUGAACUGAAAGAAAAAGGUCAAAAAUACGGCGUAGACGCGACUUUGUUGCACAUAACAAAGCUUCCAGCUCCCGGAGGGUAUCCACGAAGCGCGCGGAAGUACUGCUUAAAAGUAGCAGCUUCUGGAGAAACGAAGGCAGUGCUGUGUCGCGCUUCCGGGCCGUUUGUUCUUGCCCCAGCCAGGAAGCCGCCCCCGACCAAUCAAUUGGGAAACGCCGCCAUGUUCCCGAUGGUAGUUCCAGACCCGGUUUCCGACGAAGUAAUUCUAGAAGACGAUGACGAGUUCGUUUUGAUCGCGAAUCGCAAGCUGUGGGAAGUUCUGACGAUGCAAGAGGCAGUUCGCGAAGUUCGAGCGGAGGCGAGUCCUGUUCUGGCUGCCAAGAGGCUCCAAGAUCUGGCGCAGGCUUACGGAGCGGAAGAUAAUUUAAGCAUAAUUGUCAUCAGACUGACUCCCGGGUCCGGAGACUUGGACCAAUUAAUGCGCGAACUGAGACACGCUGUUACCAAAACUAGGAACGGGAAUCUGCCGGAGAGCGGGUGCGCAUGUCCGUGCUGCGUUCCGCCGGUUCCACACAAGUCUCCCGCGCCGUGUUGCUGCCACGGAAACGCAAAUGAAAGUUUCUAUUUAAAUGGAGUUCUGAAGAACAUUGUCAAUAGAUCAGCUGGCGGCCAAUCACGACAAGGCUCCGGGAGGUAUUUCAAGAACACGAGAAGCGAAAAUGCCAGUCCACCGUUCAGGGACGACCGGAGCUCCCCUAGCGGGCAGUCGGACCAAACAACUGAUAGUACUUUCAAGUCGAGGCAGAAUUCUGGAAGAGCCUGGGUCGGAAGCACUGCCGCGAGAGCUGCGAAAAGCAGGAACGAGUCCGCGAGAAAGGACAACCUGAACACUGCGGCUUUGAGCGAGGAACAGUUCCGCUGCUGGGAAUACAUGCUGGAACAGAACACCCACAUGCUGUUCGAUAAGGAACUUGAUACUCUCACCAGGCUGCCCUUGAGGAGAGGCCAGUCCAGGUCCACUCCCCAGCUCGCGAACUUGCCGUUCUUGUCCAAGCGGUUCGGAAGCGCCAGGUCGUUUAAUCCUCCUGUUUCUAGACCGGCUAUGAUUAGGUUCGGGAGCGGCAGGAGGUUCCUCAACGGCGGACCCAAUGCGGCCUAUUUUGGAAGCUUGCAGAGAUUGAUGCCAUACAAUUUGGAGUACGACUUCGCGGUCAUUCAAGAGCGGGGGCUCGAUUCUUUGGAACAAGACGCUUCAAGGAUGCAACAGUACUGGGGGGUCGCUACUACUGAGUUGUAA